GUCGAACACAUGUGAAUGAUUUAACCUGCGCGUGAAAUAUGUGUGGUAUUCCCGAUACUUAAACUAUACAGAAGUGAUAGAAACGUUUUAGCGUAUGGACAGAUCUAAAGGAAAUCCAGAAGUGUGCGAUUUCUGAGAGAAAAGUACGAAUUUGAGACUAAUAAAAUACAAUUAUUUUGAAGUAUUUAAAUCUUUAAGCAGGGUACUCACUUCUUACAUAGACAAGAUACUAGAAAAAAAUCUGGUAGGGAGAAAUUUAAAGAAAGUUUGAACACAAGCCAGGGCUGUGUGUAUUUUGCGCUUAGUAACCAAACAGUUAGAAAUUAUAAAAAUGAGUUUUGUGACAUCAAUAUUUGCGACAUUGGUUGCCAUGGCGACGAUUUCAAAGGUGGAUGGUCACGGGAUGCUGUGGGACCCCCCCGCAAAGGUCGUCCGCGUGGAGAUUUGGAUACAAAGUUCCGAUAAACUACAAUGAUAAUGAACAGUUUUGUGGCGGUGCCGGGGUACAAUGGAAUCAAAACGGGGGACGAUGUGGUGUCUGCGGUGACAACUACGCCAAUCAAGUAAAAGAAAACGAAGAUCUCACGGGAAAAUACGUGACCGGAACAAUAACCGGAAGUUACGUCAAAGGCGCCAAUAUUACGGCCACCGUCAAGCUAACAGCCAAUCACAAAGGGUGGUGGGAGUUCAGGGUGUGCCCUUUGCCUAAUUCACGCACGAAAGUGACGCAAGAGUGUCUUAAUCAAUACCUACUCACGAACCACAAAGGUACCACCCGAUACGAUCUAGACGCCAAUCAGAUCACAGGAACCGGCGAAUUCAAGGUCGGGUUAAAUUUACCAGAUGACGUCUCAUGCGAGAAUUGCGUAUUGCAGUGGAUAUACAACACUGGGAACAGUUGGGGCUGCGAUAGCACUACCGGUACUUGCUGUGUGGGGUGCGGGCCGGGCCAGGAGAACUUCUGGAACUGUGCAGAUAUAAGAAUCAUCAAUACGGAAAGCAGUCCGACAACGGCAUCAACAACACAAGAAGCAACAACAGCACCACAUGUGACAACCACUUUCGCCGCUUCUACGAAAACAACAGAAUCAGAUUCAUCUUCAUCAUCGACCGGAACACCCACCAGCUCGACAAUAUCGUCUUCAACGACAACAACAACACCAACAGAAGGAACACAGACAACAACACCUACAGAAGGAACACAGACAACAAAACCAACAGAAGGAACACAGACGACAACAAAAGCAGAAGGAACACAGACAACAACAAUACUCAAAAUAACCACUGAUACCCCAACGACCACAGCAAAACCACCAUCAUUUACUUCAACAACGACAUCAUCAAUCUCGUCAUCGUCGGCUUCCUCAUCAUCGACAACAAGAAAAACAACAAUGUCCCCCUCAUCAACUACAACAUCCGAAAGAAAUUCGCCUUGUAAAGCAAUAGGAGCAUGGUUUGGCGACAUUGCAAUGGACGAUUGGUGUGCAAUCAACUGCGCCGCCGGAUACUGUCCGUCGAGUCACUGCUCGUGUACGAGCGUGACUUACGUUUGCGCAUGCGAACCAGUGCCGCCAUUUAAUGUUGCUGGUAUGAAAGAGUGGUGUUGUGCGAAUUGCGCAUUAGGGUAUUGCCCAUCCACACAUUGUUCAUGUUAACAUUCUCAUAGAAAUAUUUAAAUCUAUUAUCUGCAAAACUAAAUGAACACGAACAUUUCGCAAAUAUAUCAAACGAAAAUUUACAUUUUGAAAUUACGAAAAUUUUGAAGACAUAGUUUAAAAUGUGUGAAUCUAUUAAUUAUUUUAGCAAACUGUAAUUUUAAUGAAGAAUUAAGGAUACAAGAUGUGUCCAUGCGGGAAAACAAUCUUGAAAACUAUAUACGUGAUUUUGAAUGUAAUUUGAUGCAUAAUAAUUUUAUGUUAAUACUAAUGCUCAACCACUGUGCAAUAUUAUAAGUGUGGAAAAUUGAUAAUGUUUUUUAUCUACGUUAGUGGUUCAAUGUGCGUAAGAAGUGUUUUGAUUUCCACGACAUGACCAAGAUGGUGUAUCUAAAGUUUUGCGUAAGACAUCCAAGAUGACAAUCAACAAUCCAAUAUUUCAGCAAAAGUCCAAGAUUCUCGUCCAAAGUACAGAUAGUCGCCAAAAUCAAAUAUGGCUAUAUAGGACUGAAAUGUAUUUAAGUGUCGAAAUUUUGAAUUGUUAUACAUUUUAGAUGGAUUGUAAUAAAUAUGUUUUGAACAAAAGCAGACAUGGAAAGCGUUGAUUUCUUUUUCAAAAACGCCGAAUAUUUUUAAAACUGGUAAACUGUAUAUGCUAUUAUUUGACAUGUCAACCAAUAUUUAUUUUUUUAUAGAUAUUUACAAAAUUAAAAUAAACUGGUUGUAAAUAAAGCAA